UAAGUGGACUUUGUGGGGGUUGGCCCAUGUAGCGACGAUUAAUUUGCCCCUCGUGGCUUAGUAACCCUCUAUCUGCUAAAGAGAGUUUCGAAUUUCGCCGGAAUUCUGUAAGUCGCCGCGCCGUCGAAUUCUCGAGACGGUGGAGUCACCAUCUGAUCGAAUCUCCUUCUCUAGAGGUGAAGUAAUCUUGUGGCUUGAAUCCGCUUUCACGACCAGAAUAUUUGAAAUGAUGUCGAAGACGAAAGCAACCAUGAAUUUCUGGAUUUUGAUUAGUCUAAUGAGGUAUCUUCUUCUAUUUGCUUGGCUUCUCUUACAUGAUUAACGAGUAUCAUCAACAUUUUAUUUUCAUAAGAAGCAAUUGGUUUCACUCGGAAGAAUUAGCUAUCUUAUUAUUAUAUUUUUGUUUUUGUUGAGAACAAAAUUCGAAACCAAUUUAAGACAUUGAAUCCACACGAAAUGUAAAGAGCUGAGGGGGGAAGCAAAUGCAGAAAUAUCCAGGGGAAACAAUAGAGAGAGAGAGAUGAUGAAAUGGGCUCAUUCGAGUGUUGAUGAUAUGAGUUUGUACUCAGAGAGCUCGUUCUUUGAUGACGUCAAGGCUCAUCUCGCUAGGAUCAGUUGCUUGCAACUCCACUUGAAUUCCAUCCAGCUCUCUCUUGAACCUGUCUUUCGAGCUCGCAUACAACAUCUUACUCCUCACUCUUGAUGUAUCAGGUGCCCACGCGAUGAAAAAGAUCUUGCUCUUCUGGCAGUUAUCCUCGGUGGUGAAGUCAAAGUCGUAGACGGCGUAUCUGCAUUCAUUCUCCGGGAUAGAGUUUGUGAAAUCGUCGUAAGUUUCUUCCGGGUUCCCGAGCUUUUCUAUCUCAACUUGCUGAGCGCUCUCGUCGAUCUUGAACACGAUGAACCUGUACGUCCUCUUUCCUUUCAACUCCAAAAACUUGAGCUUGCAUUCGUCACUUACGUUCAUCCCAGAUGCUGAAUUCGCCUAACCAUACACCAUAUAAACACCAUAAAACUUUGAUAUAUACAGCAUAUAUGUUCACAGGGCUAUCCAUACAAAGUCAAUCUACUAUACAUGAGAUCUCUUCUUCCUAACUCAAAACGCAAUGUUCUAAUAUGGAAUCAUCAUAACCGAUUGGUGGAUGUAACAUCAGAACAUAAACUUAAGCCAUGCAUCAUCAUCUACAUUACAAGAUUGAAUGUUAGGAGAACGUACCAUGUUUUCUUUGGAGAAGUCGAAUUCCAAAACCGGGUUUUUUGAUGAUGAUUGUAGAAAGGAAUUGGGGAAGGCUUUGAGGUUGAUGAUCACGUCUUAAACUAGACGACUUUGAUGCCCUCACGUUGUGCCCAUUUUCUCAAUUGUUCUUUCUCUUUAUAUAUAUAUAUAUCGAUAUCUAUAUUUAUUUGUGUUUGCAUUUGUGCUCAACUUUGGUCGUUGGAGCGUUGAGGUUUUCAUGAUGAACAUGUUUCUACUUCUUUUUCUUGUUGACUCUCUCUAUGCUAUAUAUCAUUUUGUGCGGCCCACAUAUAAUUCAUGAAUUCACUAGAUUUUAAAUUAGGGAGGCCCAACAUUACAUAAAUUCCAUUUUAAUUAUGACAAAAAUUACAUACAGAUUUUGAUUUUUUUUAUGAUGAUAAUUCUCCAUACAGAUAUCUCGUAACUUUUUGGAUUUUCAAAUUGAUAUAUUUUUGUAGCUAAAAUCUCUUAUUUCGGUCAUACAUUAGUGAGUGUUUUAUGAAUUAUUAGUGAGUGUUUUACGUUUGAUGUUAUGCAUUUAAAAGGAUUCAAAAGAUAAUUGUUUGUACGUAUGCAUAUACUAGAGACGUAAUAUGAAAGUGAUACGUCUCCUAAAGAGAAAACGAGAUUUAAUUGUUAAUAAGAAACUUCAUAGUCUUUCUUGAUUUUUCAGACUAUUAAGUCUAUUAAAUAGAGACGCUUUGUCUUUUCUGAACGUACUUAUUUUGACUUUUAUUUUCCAAUUUCGUUUUAUAAAUUCCAAAGGUACCUAAUUUUUGGCACUAACCCCAUACCUAGCUGUUCAAAAAUGAUACAUCUGUUACAUAUGUUAUUUAAAUAAACAAAAAUAUACUAUAACAGAUGAUAUAUUCAGAUUUGAUAAGAACUUCUAGUUAAAAAAAAACCCAAGAGAUACGUUAGCUGACAUUAAUAAUUGAGUAACAAACGAUUAGGCUCAAACAAAAAACGUCUAACUUUGGGGGUCAACGCUUCAUACGAUUGGUCCUGGGAUGAUGUUUCGUAGUACAUUACAUUUUGGGCCCAAAUAAGUUCGAUUCAAUACUGUAUUUGAUGGACACGUGUCAAGAUCGGACGGCGGUUCACAAAACAACCCGGCAAUUUCCAUGGAAACAGAGGUGAUUGAUCUUUAAAGACUGAGUCAUAUCUUAUGCUUCUUGUCCUCUGUUUUGGAAGACGAGAAGGAAAAAAAAAAACUUGAAAAAGGUGUUUCAGUUUAACAAGAAGCUGAAAUGAGCAACAUAAAGCUAGGCGUUGAAGUCAUAAGCGCACAUGGUCUGUUUCACAGAGACAAGCAAAACUCAUGUAGCCCUUUCGUGGAGCUCAAGUUCGAUAGCCAGAUAUUCCGCACAACCAACAAACACAACGACCCAGAUCCCAUCUGGCACGAGUGUUUCUACUUCGUCGUCUCGGAUCCUUCCGUGCUGUCCAACCGUACACUCGAAGCCCAUGUCUACAGCUACCAGAACGAAUCCGAUGCUAAGCCCUUUCUUGGCAAAGUCCGAGUCAAUGGAACAUCUUUUGUUCCUCGCUCUGAGGCAGCUCCUUUUAAUUACCCUUUGGAGAAGCGCAGUGUUUUCUCUCGAGCGCGUGGAGAGCUUGCCCUGAGAGUCUUCAUCACAGACGACCCUUCUAUUACACCUUCGGACCCAACCCCGGUUCCAGAAUCUACUCGAGCUUAUCUCCCGAGUCCGAGGAGAGAACCUGUACACUCCAUCGUCACGGCUGAUGAUUCUUACUUGGCUACUGAUGAGAGAACAGAGGUUAAGCCUAAAACACGUACGUUUCAUAACGUUACCCCUUCAGCGAACCAACAGCCGGCGGUUGAUUAUGGCAUUCACGAGAUGAGAGCUGCGCCGAUGCCUCCAAGAGUUGUUCAAGUCAACGGUCCAGGUCCAUCCUCGCACCAGCUGCCACCUGAUUUCUCUGUGAAAGAGACGAGCCCUUUUCUCGGAGGCGGGAGGAUCGUUGGAGGACGAGUGGUUCGUGGUACCGAGAGGCCAGCAAGCGGCACAUACGAUCUCGUUGAAGAGAUGAGAUUCCUCUUCGUGAGAGUCGUGAAGGCGCGUGACCUUCCCACCAAAGACCUUACGGGAAGCCUAGACCCGUUUGUUGAAGUCAGGAUCGGAAACUUCAAAGGCGUUACCACACAUUUCAACAAGAACUCGGAUCCGGAGUGGAACCAAGUCUUUGCCUUUGCUAAAGAUAAUCUUCAGUGGAACAUUCUUGAAGUUGUGGUGAAGGAUAAAGACAUUAUCCUCGACGAUUUUGUCGGGAUUGUUCGGUUCGAUCUCCAUGAGGUUCAGUCUCGUGUGCCUCCGGACAGUCCUCUAGCUCCCGAGUGGUACAGACUGGAGAACAAGAAAGGGGAGAAGAAAAAAUCUGAGAUAAUGCUUGCUGUUUGGUAUGGAACUCAGGCUGACGAAGCUUUUGGCGACGCCAUCUUCUCAGACUCCUUGCCGUAUUCAGACAGCUCAAACAUUAUAUCCGCUAACCUGCGCUCAAAAGUGUACCAUUCUCCUCGACUAUGGUACCUAAGAGUGCGGAUAAUAGAGGCUCAGGACGUCAUCAUCGCCUCCGACAAGUCCCGUACUCCUGAGGCCUUUGUGAGAAUCCAGAUAGGUAAUCAGAUGUUGAAGACUAGAGUUUCUCAGAAGAGCAUUCACCCAAAAUGGGGCGAGGAGUUCAUGUUUGUAGUCCCGGAGCCCUUCGAAGAACACAUGAUCCUCUCAGUCGAAGAUCACUCUGCUCCUAGCAGAGAUGAGCCUGUAGGCAAAGCUGUGAUCCCAUUGUCUGCUGUUGAGAGGCGUACAGAUGAUAGACCUCUCCGUGGCCGCUGGGUUCAUCUUGAUGACUCCAUAUCAGACGCCAUGGAUGAUGACAAAGCCAAGAAAGUCAAAUUUGCUACUAGGCUCCAAUUCGCUGCGGUUCUUGAUGGAGGCUACCAUGUUUUUGAUGAGUCCACUUACUACAGCAGCGAUCUCAGGGCAACGGCGAGACCGCUCUGGAAAUCAGCAAUCGGAGUCCUGGAGCUCGGGAUACUUAACGCAAACGGGCUCCACCCGAUGAAAACUCGGGACGGGAAAGGUACUUCGGACACAUACGUAGUUGCCAAAUACGGUCACAAGUGGGUUCGAUCACGAACGGUGAUCAACAGCUUGAGUCCAAAGUACAACGAGCAAUACACAUGGGAGGUCUUUGAUCCCGCGACGGUUUUGACCAUUUGCGUCCUUGACAACGCUCAUUUCGCAGCUGGAAAUGGCGGCAACAACGGUAGAGAUCAGACAAUUGGGAAAGUCCGCAUUAGACUCUCGACUCUUCAGACAGGCCGUGUCUACACGCACGCUUACCCUUUACUUGUUCUACAACCUUCCGGUCUUAAGAAAAGAGGCGAGCUUCACUUAGCCGUGAGAUUCACUUGCACAUCUCUCUCCAACAUGCUGAUGAAAUACACAAAACCCCUCCUGCCUAAAAUGCAUUACAUCCAGCCGUUAUCCGUAAACCAACAGGAAGGGCUUAGGGUGCAGGCUUUCAACAUAAUCGUGGCUCGUUUAGGCCGGUCCGAGCCACCGCUUAGACGUGAAGUGGUCGAGUAUAUGACAGAUUGGAAGACUAAUCUCUUCAGCAUGAGGCGAAGCAAAGCCAACUUCUUUAGGUUCACGACGGUGUUCUCUGGUGUGAUCUCCGUUUGGAAAUGGCUGGGACAAGUGUGCGCGUGGAGGACGCCGGUGACGACGGCUCUGGUGCACGUGCUGUACACAAUGCUUGUGUUGUUCCCGGAGAUGAUUUUGCCGACUGUGUUUCUGUAUAUGGCUGUGAUUGGGCUGUGGAAUUACAGGUUUAAGCCGAGAUUUCCUCCUCAUAUGGACACUAAACUAUCUUAUGCAGAGAGUGUUAAUGCUGAUGAGCUUGACGAAGAGUUUGAUAUCUUCCCGACAAUAAAGGGUCCGGAAAUUGUGAAAAUGAGGUACGACCGGCUGAGAAUUGUGGCCGGGAAGAUACAGUCGGUGGUUGGAGACAUAGCUGCACAGGGAGAGCGCGUGCAGGCGCUGCUGAGCUGGCGUGAUCCACGCGCCACCGCAAUUUUCGUGACAUUCUGUUUCAUCGUUGCUAUGGUUCUCUACAUUACCCCGUUUAAACUCUUCGCUCUCCUCUCCGGUUACUACUUCAUGAGACACCCUAAGCUCCGACACCGAAUUCCCUCCGCUCCCCUAAACUUUUUCCGGCGACUUCCGGCCAUGACAGACUCUAUGCUCUGAAUCUUGUUACAGAUCAGAUCAAGAUAGAGGAUUCAACAAACAUAUAUGUAUAUAACUCUUCAUCCUCUUCUUUCAGUUUGUAUUUAUAUGUAUAUAUAUGGUGAGAAUCUUGCAUCAUUCCUCGAAUCAACAAACAAGAUUGAACACUAUCGAUGAUCGCAUUACUUGCUUUCACACUCGCAGUGUUAAAACAGAGAAUGUAAAAGCUAUAAAUGUCACGCAAUAAAUAACGAGUUCAGCAGAUCCACGAUGCGUGAAUACUAAUUCUCGGCUAAAACCAUGUGAUCGAGC